GAACAAUCAACCAAUUUGGAAGAAGUGAGAACUGCUUCUGCGUCUCGGUUUGACUUUGUCUUUUCCGACUGUCCUUGACGAGUCCUUGAAGGCAGCAGCGCCCUGGUCUGAGCGGCUCUGGACUCUCUGGAAGUUGGACUACGUCAACAGGAGAGAGGAGACCGUCCCAGCCCUCAGAGGAGCUGAGCGGAGGCGGCGCGCUGCGUUCACUCCGAGACGUCCCCGAGACUUGACGGAGGCGAAAGGACUCGUGCGUCUUUGCGCGUUUUUUUCCCCGCAGGUGGACAUGCCGUGUCCGCGCGUAAAGACGCACUGAACACUUGGCUCCGGCGCUUCUUUUUCCUCCUGACUGAAAAUCAGAAGAAGAAAGGGAAGAAGAAAGACGGAAGAUGUUGGCGAGAAAAAGCAUCAUCCCGGAGGAGUUCGGUCUGGCGGGGCUCGCCUCCCGGAUGCCCCGCAAGCCGGUGUUCAGGGACCGCGUGAACAAGGCGCGCUUCAUCGCCAAGAACGGCUCGUGCAACUUGGCGCACAAGAACAUCCGCGAGCAGGGCCGAUUCCUGCAGGACGUCUUCACCACGCUGGUCGACCUGAAAUGGCGCUUCACGCUGGUCAUCUUCACCACGACGUUCGUCAGCAGCUGGCUGCUGUUCGCCAUGAGCUGGUGGCUGGUGGCGUUCGCGCACGGAGACCUGGACCCGGACCGGCAGAACAGGACCCACUGCGUCACAGACGUCAAGUCGUUCACCUCGGCCUUCCUCUUCUCCAUCGAGGUCCAGGUGACCAUCGGCUUUGGGGGACGUAUGAUUACGGAGCAGUGUCCGACCGCCAUCACCGUCCUCAUCAUGCAGAACAUAGUGGGGCUCAUCAUCAACGCCGUCAUGCUGGGUUGCAUCUUUAUGAAGACAGCUCAGUCCAACCGUCGAGCAGAGACACUGAUCUUCAGCCGCCACGCUGUGAUCGCCGUCAGGAACAACCGUUUGUGCUUCAUGAUCCGUAUCGGUGACCUCAGGAAGAGCAUGAUCAUAGGAGCGACCGUCAGGCUACAGGUGGUGAGGAAGACGACCACUCCGGAGGGGGAGGUGAUUCCCAUCCAUCAGAUCGAUGUGCAGACGGAGAGCGCCGUGGCCAGCAACAGCCUCUUCCUCCUUGCUCCACUCAUCAUCUGCCACAUCAUCGACAAAAACAGCCCGCUGUACGACCUGUCGGCCAUGGAGCUGCAGUGCAGCGACCUGGAGGUCAUCGUCAUCUUGGAGGGAGUCGUGGAGACAACAGGGAUCACCACACAGGCCAGGACCUCCUACGUCUCCGAGGAGAUCCAGUGGGGCCACCGCUUCGUUCCCAUAGUAACAGAGGAGGAGGGCGUGUACUCUGUGGACUACUCCAAAUUUGGAAAUACAGUCAAGGUAGCAACGCCGCUCUGCAGCGCCAGAGAGCUGGACGAGAAGCCGUCCAUCCUGAUCCAGACGCUUCAGAAGAGCGAGCUGUCCCACCAGAACUCGCUGAGGAAGCGGAACUCCAUGCGGCGCAACAACUCCAUGCGUAAGGGCGCAGGGAGCAGCGGCAGCCUGCGCAGGAACAACUCGGGGCUCGUGUCGCCCAAAGUCCAGUUCUUCACCCCGGGAGAUGGAGGCCAGAACCUGAACGCCGUCACCUGACAUGAGGCCUACCUGCCGCUGGCCGCCCUGCUCCUCCUGGUGGGGAGGAGGAGUGUGGGUGUUUCUGUUUCCUUGCCCGGACUCGUUCCUCUUCUACUUCAUCUUCUUCUUCUCUUUAGACUUUACGGGUCUACGCCGAUCUGCUGCAGCGAACAAGCUAACGGAACAGUUUCUCUGCUCUGACCCGCAAAGUGACAAAAAAUAGAAACACAGCUGGCUCCGGGAUGAACACAACAAAAAGCCGCCAUGUUUACUCAAAUAAAAGUCCAGAGACUGAUCAUAUAUGUAGCCAAGCAUUCUUUACAACCCAGCACUUUACAUCCUGAAACACGUCAUUUGAUUAUUGAGAAAAUGCAGCACUUAAUUAAGAGUGAAAACAAUCAACUAAACACGUAUUUUUUUACAGAAGUGUCAAACAUUUUCUUCUUCUUCUGUCAUUAAUUCCAAAGUGCCAUCGUAGGGAAAUUGGGAUGUUCGUUUUUCACUUUUAAAGAGAUUAUAUAAAAAAUAUGAGCAAUUAAUCAUAAUAAUAUGUAUAAAAUAUUAAAAGAUGAUGAAAAAAACAUGUUUUAAAUCUCCUUUCUUCUUUUUGUUUUAAUGCCACAAAAGGAAAAAACUUUAAUACGUUCUUGUUUCACUACAUGAAUACAAUAAAUUAUUUGAUUCACUCACUUCCAGGUUCCAACACCUUUUUACUGAUUUUUAGGGGAGAUGUACAGCUUCAGUAAUAUUUUCUUGUUGAUUUAAAGUCACAGUUUAACUGCUAAUACUGAGAACUAGUGACAAACUCUGUACUGUAUACUGUAACCUGUAUAUUUUCACUUUUGUGUCGUUUCAGAAUAAAGGCAUCCACCUGUUAUGAAAAUCA